AUGACGUCCACAAUUGGCAUCCCGAUCAAACUGUUGAACGAGGCUGAGGGCCAUAUCGUGACCCUCGAGAUCACCUCUGGCACAACCUACCGCGGCAAGCUCCUCGAAGCUGAGGACAACAUGAACGUCCAGCUCAAGGACAUCACCGUCACCGCCCGCGACGGUCGUGUCUCGCAUCUCGACCAGGUCUACAUCCGCGGCUCGCACGUCCGCUUCUUCAUCGUCCCCGACAUGCUCCGCAACGCACCCAUGUUCCGCAGCCGCAACGUCCGGGGGAGAGGUGUCGGUCUCGCGAGGGGACGCGCGACAGUCAGCAGGGCACGCGCCGGCGGCCGGGGGCGGUAA